AUGCGCUUUUUCAUUACAGUCCUGGUAUUGGGGGCUACCGAUCUCGUCAAUGGCCAUCCCGACUUGGCCAAGAAGCUCGCCGAAGCAGCCCGUGCCCAGGACAAACUGGCAACUCGCUCAACAGCUCUUCUCGGUGACUUGCUCCACACCGUCGAGAGCGCCCUCACGGUCACCGGGUUUGAAAUCAAAUCCAUCCUCAAUGGGACCCGCUCCGCCUUUGCUGAUGCUGCCACAUAUGAUCCCCCACCCAAAGACUCGGAUGAUUGUAGGAGGGACACCUGCUGCAUCUGGCAGUAUAUCGCGAACGACAUGGUUGACGCGUUCUACGAGGGCGAGGAAUGUUCCGCGCUGGCCAGGGGAGCUAUCCGGCUCGGCUUUCAUGACGCCGGUGCAUGGAGCUCGGACUUGUCGUUUGGCGGUGCCGACGGCUCCAUCUUGCUGUCGAACGAGAUGCUGCGGUCGGAGAAUGCGGGGCUGGAGGGCAUUGCUUCUCAGAUGUUUCAAUGGAAGGAGGAGUACGAGGCGUACAAUGUCAGCAUGGCGGACAUGAUUCAGUUUGGAGCCAUGGUAGCUACCACUGCCUGCCCGGGGGGGCCCCGGAUCCGGUUCUUCGUUGGCCGCGAGGACAGCACGCGCGCAGCACCCACGGGUCUUAUGCCCAGUCCCUUCCAGACCGCGGAGGCAUUGAUCGAUCUCUUCCAGGCCAAGACGUUCACCGGCGCAGACCUCAUUGCCUUGGUGGGCGCUCAUUCAGUCAGUCAGCAGUUCUUUGUUGACCAAAAGCAGGCCGGCGCCUCGCAGGACACCACAGCAGGAAUUUGGGACAACAACUUCUACACCGAAACGGUUGAUCCCGAAACUCCCAGUGGGGUGUUCAAGUUCCCAAGUGACUUGAACCUUGCCAGCAGCCCUGAGACGUCGAGCACUUGGAACCAGUUUACUGGCCCAGCCGGACAGGAUAACUGGUCCAGGGCAUAUGCUCCGGCUUACUUCCGCAUGAGUCUUCUCGGUGUCAACAACAUAAAUGCCCUCACAGACUGUACAAAGACCCUACCCCCAACGAGGGCCAUACCCCGGCGCAGGUGA